GCAGACAACUCAAAACUACAACCUUCUUUUUCAUUUCUUCUAAAUUUUGUUUUUUUUUGGUUCUUUCUUCAGGAAAGAGAAAUUAAGAGCCAGAAAAGCAAUUUUACUGUUUGGAUCUGUGAUCUAGUCUAUUUUCGGAGGAAAUGGCAUCUGGAUCAUCGGGUCGGGGAAACUCGGGUGGUUCCAAAGUGUUCGAUUUCGGGUCCGAUGAUAUUCUUUGCUCUUAUGAGGACUACGGGAACCAGGAAUCGUCUAAUGGCAACCACGCCGAACCCAACAGCUCCGACAAGGAGUUUCAUAGAGUGGCCCGAUCAGUAUUUCCACCUAGUGGAUACAGCCAGCCCGAGGAUUCUUACGCCUCAGAUUUGAAUGCUACCGUUGAAAAAACCAUGAAAAGAUACACAGACAACCUCAUGCGCUUUCUUGAAGGAAUUAGUUCUCGAUUGUCACAGUUGGAGCUAUAUUGCUACAAGCUUGAUAGAUCAAUAGGAGAAAUGCGAGCUGAUUUAGUUCGUGGGAAUGGAGAUGCAGAUUCAAAGCUUAAAUCUAUUGAGAAACAUCUACAAGAGGUCCACAGGUCUGUGCAGAUCUUAAGAGAUAAGCAGGAGCUUGCUGAGACUCAGAAGGAGUUGGCUAAAUUACAACUUGCACAGAAGGAGUCUUCUUCUAGCCAUUCACAAUCAACCGAGGAGAGAGUAUCAAACCCUGCCCCCAAUUCCAAAAAGUCUGAACUCACAUCUGAGAUCCAAACCCAGCAAUUAGCUCUUGCGCUGCCUCAUCAAAUAGCAUCACAGCAACAACCCGUGGCGCCACCCUCUCAAGCUCUGUCUCAGAAUUUGACCCAGCAAUCCUACUACAUGCCUUCAAAUCAAGUAUCCACCCCCCAAGCUCCAGCUGCAGCUCCUUCUCCCGCCCCCACCCAAGCACAACCCCCAGCACAAGCACAACACCCUCAGAAUCAAUAUUUAACUUCUGAUCCUCAAUACCGACCUCCUCAGAUACAAGACAUGUCUAGGAUGCCACCACAGCCUACUCAGUCCCAAGUUAAUCAGGUCCAAUCAUUCCCUCAGUAUCAGCAGCAAUGGCCUCAACAAUUAUCGCAGCAAGUGCCACCACAGCAGCAGUCCUCUAUGCAACCACAGAUGAGGCCCCCAUCAACACCAGCUUACCCUUCCUACCCUCCUACACAAUCAACAAACCCAUCUCAGCCAGAAGCGUUGCCAAACAGCAUGCCCAUGCAAGUUUCAUAUUCUGGACUUCCUCAACCUGUGUCUAGCAGUGCUGAUACUAUUCCUUAUGGGUAUGGAGUGCCUAGCAGAACAACUCCCCAGCAACCACCUCAGCAAAUCAAGGGUACUUUUGGUGUGCAACCAAGUGAUAGGUACACAGGACACGGCUCCAAUCCUCCCUUUCCUCAGGGGAAUGCAUACAUGACGUAUGAUAGUGAAGCGGGCAGAACACAUCAUCCGUUCCAACAGCCUAACUUCUCACAGGGUGGGUAUCCCCCAUCAAAUGCCUCCCUUCAGACUCAGUCUGGCAGUGGCCCUAACAUUAUGGUUGGGAACCCCAACCAUUCACAGUUUGUUCACAACCAUCCUUACAGCGAGCUGAUUGAAAAGUUGGUGAGCAUGGGUUUCAGAAGUGAUCAUGUUGUCAGUGUGAUUCAUAGGAUGGAGGAGAGUGGUCAGCCACCAGAUUUCAAUGCUGUGCUUGAUAGAUUAAAUGUACAAUCCUCCGGCGGUUCUCAGAGAGGAGGGUGGUAAAGGCCAUUGUAUACAUGAGUUGGCCUUGGGUAUUAUUCGAAUAAAUGAUCUUAUUUCUCGUUUAUAUCGCGUGGGAGGUAUAUGAAUAUUUGUAUGUUGCCUCCUAAAGAAACCUUCUGCUGCGAAGUGUUGCUUUAUUUGAGUUUAUUAUCUUAUGCAAUAACCAUGUUU